AAAACCCUAAACCCCAAAUUCACACUCUGUUCCUCCCACCUCAAACCAUGAUCACCGCAAUCCUCAGAAGAGCUUGUUCCGCCCUCUCGCGGCGCGGCGCCGCCACCUUCAUCGCCGCCUCAACCGUCACCGGCGAGCUCCGUCAGCUCCCCGUCGUCGCCAGGGCAAGACACUUCCACUCGAAUCCAGUUCCCUUGCAGUUCCGCGCCUCUCUCCCUUCUCUCGCCGAAUUCGCCGUCGCUGAUUUCCCAUACGAAGAAGGCUCCAAAAACGAUGAAGGGCUCGAGAUCAAGAAGCUUGGGAUUUCUGAGGAAAUCGUCUCUGCCUUGGCCAAGAAAGGAAUCUCCAAGCUCUUCCCUAUCCAGAGGGCUGUGCUGGAACCUGCUAUGCAAGGUCGUGAUAUGAUUGGUCGAGCUAGAACAGGAACUGGGAAAACUCUUGCUUUUGGGAUACCCAUCAUGGAUAAGAUUAUUAAGUUCAAUGCUAAGCAUGGACGAGGGAGGGAUCCUUUGGCAUUGGCUUUGGCUCCGACUCGAGAACUUGCAAAGCAGGUGGAGAAGGAAUUCUAUGACUCAGCGCCUAACUUGGAUACGAUUUGUGUUUAUGGGGGCACUCCCAUCUCGCAACAGAUGAGGCAACUUGAUUAUGGUGUUGAUGUUGUGGUGGGCACGCCGGGUCGAAUUAUUGACCUUCUGAACAGAGGCGCUCUAAAUUUGAAGGAGGUUCAGUUUAUGGUUCUUGACGAAGCUGAUCAGAUGCUUCAAAUAGGAUUUCAGGAAGACGUGGAGAAGAUCUUGGAUAGGUUGCCCCCUAAACGUCAGACUCUUAUGUUCUCUGCAACUAUGCCAUAUGAGAUUAAGCAGUUGACACGCAAGUACCUAAACAAUCCCGUAACCAUUGAUCUUGUUGGAGAUUCUGACCAGAAGCUAGCAGAUGGAAUUUCACUGUACUCAAUUGUGACUGAUAGUUACGUUAAACAGGGAAUUCUCGCGCCUCUGAUAACAGAGCAUGCGAAAGGAGGAAAGUGUAUUGUGUUCACUCAAACAAAACGUGAUGCUGAUCGAUUAUCACAUAGCAUGUCGAAAAGUCUUAAAUGUGAGGCCUUGCAUGGAGAUAUAUCACAAGCUCAAAGGGAAAGAACUUUAGCUGGCUUCAGAGAGGGUCAUUUUAAUGUUCUAGUGGCGACUGAUGUUGCUUCACGUGGACUUGAUAUACCUAAUGUUGAUCUUGUAAUACAUUAUGACCUUCCCAAUAAUUCAGAGAUAUUUGUUCAUCGAUCUGGACGAACAGGUCGUGCCGGUAAGAAAGGAACUGCUAUUCUUGUCCAUACUGAAGAUCAAUCCAGGGCUAUUAGGACUAUUGAGCGUGAUGUGGGCUCUAAAUUUAAAGAGCUACCAAAGAUUGCUGUUGAUAGAGCAUCAGUGGAAUCAUUCGGUGGCAUGGGGGGUGGGCGUUUUGGUUCAUUUGGCGGCGGAGGUAUGAGGGAUGGAGGUUUUGGCCGUAGUUCUGGAUCUGGCCGCUCUGGGGGCUACAGUAACUCUGGAUCUGGUCGCUCUAGCUAUGGAAAUUCUGGGUUUGGCGGAUCAAGUAGAUCUGGAGGAGGAUUUUCUGGUAAUUCAUCUGGUGAGAAUAGAUAUGGUGGAUCAGGCUCUGGUCGUUCUGGCUCAUUUGGUGGAGGUAGAUCUGGCGGAUCAUCCGGUGGAUUUAAAUUUAGUGGAUCAGGUGGUGGUUUUGGGGGAUUUGGCGGUUCAGAUAAAUCUGGUGGUUUUGGAGAUUUUGGCUCAAGGUAAGGCUAGCACGUGUGGGGAUUCUCGUGACAGUGAUCAGAACGAUAGAAAUCAUUUUAACUUCACAAGUAUCAUAAAAGCACCAUCUUCAUUUCUUGGUGGUUUAGUUUUUGUAAAGUUUGGUUGUCAUUUCAUCUAAAACUUGAAGCUAUGUAGGCUAUGCUUGUUGUACCACUAAGGAUUGGAGAAGGUUAUUAUUUAUAACAUAAGAAUCACAAGUUCUAUUGGGUAUAAGACUUUUCUUCUCUGGGGAUUUUUGGCUCAACCUCAGCUAUAUUGCAUUAUGCUCCAUCUAUGAAAUAGAAAAAUGAAGGGCUGUAUUCUAUGGAUUCCAUCAGCUCUCUUUCAAGCAAUCAAAACAUGAUUCUGGUUAUGUGUAUUUAUCAUGAAAGUUUUGAAGACACCUUUAUGAAGAGUAGUGAUUCAAUUUAUUUAUAUGUAAUUUAUGUUCCUUGAAACAGAUAAUGGGCACAAUGAAAUUUCUUAGAAA